AUGGCCCCGGAAAGCGCUCAUUCUGCAGUAGAUGCUAUACAGUAUGUCGGUGCCGCUCGUCUUCAAGGUACUUUCGAAGAACUCGGCAUUCCACAACGGCAUGUGUUCAUGAUCCUGUGGACCCCCAUCUCCGAGUCGCUUGGAUUGAGUGGCUAUGACUGGAAGAGCAAAGUCAUCUUCAUCGAAUCGGAUCACGAUGGGCCAGUUGGGCAAAUAUGA